AUGUCGGCGCUCUUCAACUUCCACUCAUUACUGAGAGUGGUGCUGCUCAUCAUCUGCACCUGCACAUACGUUCGCGCUACCGCACCUGCGCUGAUCGACCGCAAUAAGGAGGGAUUCCUAGGCGUCUUCUUCAAGUCAGCACGAGUCGGCGAGCGUCUGAGCCCUUAUGUCUCGCUAGCGUGCCUCAUCAUGGCCGUCUACGAGGUUGUAUGA